CAGGGGCAUUGAUGUUGUGAGGAAUAAAAUUAAAAUGUUCGCUCAACAAAAAGUCACUCUUCCUAAAGGCCGACAUAAGAUCAUCAUUCUGGAUGAAGCAGACAGCAUGACCGAUGGAGCCCAACAAGCCUUGAGGAGAACCAUGGAAAUCUACUCUAAAACCACUCGCUUCGCCCUUGCUUGUAACGCUUCAGAUAAGAUCAUCGAGCCCAUUCAGUCCCGCUGCGCAGUCCUCCGCUACACAAAGCUGACCGACGCCCAGAUCCUCGCCAGGCUGAUGAAUGUUAUCGAGAAGGAGAGGGUACCCUACACUGAUGACGGCCUGGAAGCCAUCAUCUUCACGGCCCAGGGAGACAUGAGGCAGGCGCUGAACAACCUGCAGUCCACCUUCUCAGGAUUUGGCUUCAUUAACAGUGAGAACGUGUUCAAGGUCUGUGAUGAGCCCCACCCACUGCUGGUGAAAGAGAUGAUCCAGCACUGUGUGAAUGCCAACAUCGACGAAGCGUACAAGAUUCUUGCUCAUCUGUGGCAUCUGGGUUACUCACCAGAAGAUAUCAUUGGCAACAUCUUUCGAGUGUGUAAAACUUUCCAAAUGGCAGAAUAUCUGAAACUGGAGUUUAUCAAGGAAAUUGGAUACACUCACAUGAAAAUAGCAGAAGGAGUGAACUCCCUUUUGCAGAUGGCAGGCCUCCUGGCCAGGCUGUGUCAGAAGACAAUGGCCCCGGUGGCCAGUUAGAGCAGAGACUUCGCUGACUGACUUACAGGAGCCCUAUCCUGAGGUACAGGAGCUGUGGCUUUCUGAUGGGGGAAAAUGCCGCCUUAGGCUGGAGCCAGCAUGACUGCCGUUUAAACUCCAGUGGCUGGCCAGGCGCGGUGGCUCACACCUGUAGUUCCAGCACUUUGGGAGACCGAGGCAGGUGGA